AUGCUGUCAUCCUUGAGGACAGACUCCUGCAAGUACUCAAAGGUACGAAGAAAUAAGCAACCAUUUCCGGUCCCUAAUUGACCUUCACCGUCAAUUCAUAAACUAUAGUCUGUGCAGCUUGAACAGGUUGUCCUCGUAGGUUGAAGAAAAUCUAUAUGACUACAGUGAACACGAUAGGCAGCGUUUAGUUAAAUCUACUAGCCUGAGGCUGCUAACAGUCAUUUUCCCCCUACCUAACACUUUAGACGCCAGCAACUCUUCUUGUAAUUUAGGUCAUCUUUUGAUCUGAUGGGCAGGGCGUGUCACUCAUGUGGUCUGUUCAAUAUCCCAGGUCAGUUUUGUGUGCUGUGGAGCAGGGCAGUUUUGUCGGUCGGACAAGGAAAAUUCCUUAGCACUCCUCUGCCCUUCCCAGCGAGAUGCGUGCUAGCCCAGGUAGGCGCUCAUAACGUGCAGUAGAAAUUCAUCACACCCCUUGUAUUGUGCUCCAACGGAGUGUUCGCCAAUCUACGAGAGCACCUUUGCCACUACACGUUCAGCCGCGCUGGCCUCAGUGUUUAUGGCAGGGCCAACCAAGUUUUCACCACUUUUAGCAGCUUCAUGUUAAUUUUAUUCCAGCUUUUCAUGGCGAUACCACAUGAAUAAAGUAGAUCUUGUUUGAGAAAUACGCUCGGCGAAAAUCCGCGAGUUUCUGCCUUAUUUACGGUUCUGUUUUAUACACGUGCAUUAAAAACCACAGUAUUACGGGGAUAUAGGUAAAUUAAUGCGACCACCAAGUAUGAAAUCGUUUUCAGUCGAAUGGCCCCUCUGUAGGCUGAUGAGAUGUUUAAGCUCGAAAAUGCCAAAAGUCGGUCGUGAUAAAAGUGUGGUUUCAGUCGACGCAAAUGGGAUCUUGCUCAAUUCAUGUGUUUGGCCAAAUCAAUCUCAUAAAAUACAGUUCGCAGCGCGCGUUGCAAAAUAAAGCCUUUCCCUUGCUUCUAGGUGCAGAGUACUCCAGAUACACAAAAUGUAAAAAUAACAUGGAGGGGUUCAUUUCGAUCUGCUAUUUGUUGUCCAUUGGUUGGCAACAUCCCAAGGUACAACUCCAAGAGCCCCGUGACAUCGCCCACUGAGAAGACAAUUUCCCGAGUAUUCGGUGGCAAUGUGAACCGGACGGAAACAUGUGGGUACUUGAGUCCUUAUUCAGUGAUGCAAACUUAGCCCCACAUUCGGUAGUAUGCGAUGGGCUACGUAUAAUGUCACAUCAGUUUAUAUAACAGUGCAUUAGGCCUACCUAUACUGCAUAACACCCACCCAAGGAUUCUGAGUAGUUCGAUAUCUUUGGAGGUUCUUCCUCUAUUUUCAUAACGCGGCCGUUCCGUCGCAGUUACGUUACUUUUGCAUGCCUCAAGCGCGGAUAACGGUGGGUCGUUUAAUGAUAUGAACCUCUCCUUUCUUUCCUUUCAUUUCUCAUAGAGUAUCUCCUGGAGACAGUUGAGGUUUAAAUGGUAGAACAUUCUGGCUUGGCCUUCAUAAGUUGUCCACGUACCCACCGCGGCCAUGAAGUCUGUUGAAGUCGGUUCAACAUUUACGCGAAUGUGUCCGCGUGAGUAGGACAAGCCCCGUUAGCAUUAUUCCCGUGUUCGCUGUUUUUAUAAUUAAACGUUCUUGUACUUGCAACCACCCAAGGUGCUCUGUAAGGCACAUGCUUGAAUGCGAAUACAGAAACUCGUGAGUAGGGGGAUGAUGAUGAUGAUGGUGGUGGUGGUGGUGGUGGUGGUGGUGGCGGCGGUGGUGGUGGUGGUGGUGGUGGUGGUGGUGGUGGUGAUGAUGAUGAUGAUGAUGAUGAUGAUGAUGAUGAUGAUGAUGAUGAUGAUGAUGAUGAUGAUGAUGAUGAUGAUGAUGAUGAUGAUGAUGAUGAUGAUGAUGAUGAUGAUGAUGAUGAUGAUGAUAAACGCUGUUACAAGAGCAUGAAGUCACAACCAACCUUGGUUGGUUGCUCGGGAAAGUUAAUCGACAUCCACGUUUGGCUCCAAGCGAGGACUCAGUAA